AUGUGCCUCAGGUGCGCCGGGAUUGGUACGUGUAUGCAUUUCUAUCAUCUUUGCCCUGGGUUGGAAAGGAGUUGUACGAAAAGAAAGAUGCAGAGAUGGACCGAAUCUUUGCCAACCCUGAAAGCUAUCUUAAAAGACGCCAGAAGACUCAUGUGCCCAUGUUACAAGUAUGGACUGCAGAGAAACCGCAUCCACAAGAAGAGCAUCCUGUGUGAAGCACUGCAGCACAACCUGCCUCCUUUCACACCACCUCCUCACACUGAAGAUUCGGUGUACCCGAUGCCAAGGGUCAUCUUCAGAAUGUUUGAUUACACGGAUGAUCCUGAGGGUCCUGUAAUGCCAGGGAGUCAUUCAGUGGAAAGAUUUGUGAUAGAAGAGAAUCUUCACUGCAUCGUUAAGUCCCACUGGAAGGAAAGGAAGACUUGUGCUGCACAGCUAGUGAGUUAUCCUGGGAAGAACAAGAUCCCCUUGAACUACCACAUAGUUGAGGUGAUCUUUGCAGAGCUGUUUCAACUUCCAGCACCCCCUCACAUUGAUGUGAUGUACACAACACUUCUCAUUGAACUGUGUAAACUUCAGCCUGGCUCUCUACCCCAAGUUCUUGCACAGGCAACUGAAAUGUUAUACAUGCGUUUGGACACGAUGAAUACUACAUGCGUAGACAGGUUUAUUAAUUGGUUUUCCCAUCAUCUAAGUAACUUCCAGUUCCGUUGGAGCUGGGAAGAUUGGUCAGAUUGUCUUACUCAAGAUCCAGAAAGUCCCAAACCAAAGUUUGUAAGAGAAGUUCUAGAAAAAUGUAUGAGGUUGUCUUACCAUCAGCGUAUAUUAGAUAUUGUCCCUCCUACCUUCUCAGCUCUAUGUCCUGCAAACCCAACCUGCAUUUACAAGUAUGGAGAUGAAAGUAGCAACUCUCUUCCUGGACAUUCGGUUGCCCUCUGUUUAGCUGUUGCCUUUAAAAGUAAAGCAACCAAUGAUGAAAUCUUCAGCAUUCUGAAAGAUGUACCAAAUCCUAACCAGGAUGACGAUGAUGAUGAAGGAUUCAGCUUUAACCCAUUGAAAAUAGAGGUCUUUGUACAGACUCUGCUACACUUAGCAGCCAAGUCAUUCAGCCACUCCUUCAGUGCUCUUGCAAAGUUUCAUGAAGUCUUCAAAACCCUAGCUGAAAGUGAUGAAGGAAAAUUACAUGUUCUAAGAGUCAUGUUUGAGGUCUGGCGGAACCAUCCACAGAUGAUUGCUGUACUAGUAGAUAAGAUGAUUCGUACACAGAUUGUUGACUGUGCUGCAGUAGCAAAUUGGAUCUUCUCUUCAGAACUAUCUCGUGACUUUACUAGAUUGUUUGUUUGGGAAAUCUUGCACUCCACAAUUCGUAAGAUGAACAAACACGUUCUUAAGAUCCAGAAGGAGCUAGAAGAGGCUAAAGAAAAACUCGCAAGGCAACAUAAACGGCGAAGUGAUGAUGAUGACAGAAGCAGUGACAGGAAAGAUGGGGCUCUUGAGGAACAAAUAGAAAGACUGCAGGAGAAAGUGGAAUCUGCUCAGAGUGAACGAAAGAAUCUCUUCCUUGUCAUAUUUCAGCGUUUUAUCAUGAUCUUGACUGAGCACUUGGUACGAUGUGAAACUGACGGGACCAGUGUAUUAACACCGUGGUAUAAGAACUGUAUAGAGAGGCUCCAGCAGAUCUUCCUACAGCAUCACCAAAUAAUCCAGCAGUACAUGGUGACCCUGGAGAACCUGCUCUUCACUGCUGAAUUAGACCCUCAUAUCCUGGCUGUGUUCCAGCAGUUCUGUGCCCUGCAGGCCUAAGGGUCAUUUUUUUUUCCCCUCCUGUCAAGAUUUUUUUAAGAUCUCAAAAUAAUGUCUUAUUUUUGAUGGUUUGAAUGCUUGCUUUCUUGUAGCAUCCUUUCUUGAAGCAGAGGGGGAGGACAGGACAGUGAAGAAUAUGGUAUUGAUUACCUUUAACUGCCCCCUAGAAAGCAGAUAUUCCCUAAUGACAAUAAUGUGACAAUGACCAUAGGAUGGAUGUAUUAUAUAUGUGACAGAUACAACUUUUCUCUGAUAUUUUUUCUCCUUAAGGCACAAAAGAUAACUGAUUUGAGGUAUGUGCAACACUAGAGGUCAAGCUUACAAAGUAGUAUAUAGAACUGAUGGGUUUAUUAUCAAGUAGCAUAGCUUUUCACAGCUCAUGGGUAACCUAACAUGGCUGAAAUAAAACUGAAAAUAUGUUUUUUUAAA